AUGGAUGUCCACAGGGCGUUGGCGGCCGGGGAAGACGAUGUUGUCACUGUCAACCAGAGGGCCCUAAUAGAUAAGAUACUCGCCCGUUAUCCGGGAGAAUAUACAGUCUUUCGUGAAUUGCUCCAGAAUGCGGAUGAUGCCAAUGCCAAACGCGUAGAGAUCUACUUUCAAACCCCUAAUUUCAAGUUGUCUUCACACGACAAAUCAGAAGCACCAGUUGGCACUACAGACUUGGGGAACACGAAUCCAGAACUGCCCGACCUCACAACUGCUAUUGUAAACAAGUGGAUCGUGAAGAAUGAUGGGAGACCUUUUGAAACGGACGACUGGAAUCGACUCAAGAAGAUUGCUGAAGGUAAUCCUGACGAGGAUAAGAUUGGGGCAUAUGUGCGGUUCUAUUCAUUGUUCUCGGUUACUGAGACGCCGCUUGUCGCCUCCGGCGAUAAAUAUAUGGUUUUCUACUGGAAGGACGGGAAGGAUCAACUUCACGUUCGGACUGGUGUUCAUCAAAGCGGGCCUUCUGCAGGGUGGACGUCUAUCCAGAUGGAUCUCAGGGACCCUGGAUCAUUGCCAGGCAGGCCAGUGGAUAUGGCUCGCUUUUUCUGCACCAGCCUGACAUUCACAAAUUCCAUAUCUGAGAUAUCCCUCUAUUUUGAUGAGCACCGUCUCUUCAAACUGUCCAAGGUACUUUCCCCUCCGAAAUCACACGCGUUGCCUCCCUAUUUGAAGGCACGAUCGCCAAGAUCCUUUAUGCUAGUCAAAGGUGUCCGCUCUACAGAUGUAGCUGUUCAUGCUGAUGUAUUGCGAUGGGUAUACAAUACUGGGUUUGAUAAACCCUCUCCUCUCCCAUCAGCCGUAGCGUCAGAACAGGGCUUUUUCACAUCAUUCUUUACUGCAUGGAAGCAUGCGAAAGCUGUUCGAAGCUCGCCUCAGCCUCCAACCCCUAAUAUUGAAGAAGAUUUAAUGGAGACUUGUGUCUCCUCUAUCCAUGUUCAGAUAUAUUCAGCUGAAAUCGCUAUUACACUUCCCCGGAAAGAAUCGGCGGAAGUGGAACGAGCCACAAAGAAAAAAGCUCCAAGCCGUUGUUUAUAUCAGAUUAUCUAUACAGGGAAAGAAGCACACGAUGCCAGUCAUCCUGUAGAUUCUGAUGGUUCAGCAUUGGACUCAUUUGGCAUUUUCAGUGGCCUCCGCGGCGAUUUAGAGGGUAGGAAUACUUCUCGGGUUUUCAUUGGUCACUCCACGGCUCAGAGCACUGGGAUGGGUGGUCAUCAUGCGUCUCGCUUCAUCCCGACAGUGGAAAGAGAAGCUAUUGACUUUAUCGAUCCCAUGGUGUCGAUCUGGAAUAGGGAACUCCUAUACGUGGGCGGGUUUUUGUGUCGCGCUAUUUAUGAACUGGAGCUUGCGGCCAUCGGCGAGCACUGGAACAUUCUUCAACUUCAAAAUGAGGCGGCAGCGGCGUCCGAGAGCCGUGACUUCGUGGACAAAAAGUUCCAGCACAUCCUGCGUUUCUUCAAUUUCCACGAGUCGACCCCUGCACCACAGGUAUCCAAGGAACUUCAAAGAGCCUUUUUGUCUAGCUCCUCGGAUCUUUCACUUCCUGUCCUGUCCUCUGCUGGGAUUAAACCGUCGGGAGAGGUCCGCCGGCCUGACAAAGCUUUCGAAGGUUUCAUCAAGGGUGUGUCAACGAUAACAAGAGGUGCACUAGGAAGUGCCCCAAAUUUAUUGGACACACUGCCGGCGCCUAUUAGGAAGAUAGGGUUCGAUGAUAUAAUUCACGAGUUGGAGUCCCGUCCGUUGUCGGAACAGGAAACAAUCAGCUGUCUGAACUGGCGGCUCGACUGCCCACACUCCUUCUUUCCCUCAAAUCAAGAAACGAUGCUUACGCGCCGAUUACUUGAAUCUGCGACGCUCUUCAUCGCUGCAGAAAAAGACGCUCCCGAGCGGCUAAUUCAACUUUCUGUGAUCCAAACAUACCUAAACCUCAAAAGCGGAAUUCCACUCAACACACCCCUCCCUGACCAUUGCUUGCCAGCUACCAUUUCAAAAGCCAUAAAAUCUGGACGAAUUAGGGAAGUUUUUCCUUGGACAGAAUUGACUAUUAAGAUGUGGAUGGCACAUUUGGUUCAUAUAUCUACCAUGGUUGACAAUGCACCUCUCCAAUCGCGGAUCACCCAAUGCCCUACAUUUGCGGAAUUAGCACUAAAUGUUCUUUCAAAACAGUGGUCAUCAGUCUCUGGGCCCGAUCAGACCGAUAUUGUGAACCUGCUCAAGAACACGACCUGUAUCCCCACCAAGUUAGGAAUGAAGAAGCCAGAUGAGGCCUAUCUCCCUAAUGUCGACAUGUUCCCCGAUCUCCCUAUCAUUGAUGUUCAGGGGUCCAUAAAGGGUGACAAGCUGCGAAUGCUGGAAGCACUAGGUAUUCGGAAACGUGUGGAACUUCAAUUGAUCUUCACAAGGGAGAUGGCGUCUGGCAAUUGGUCCAUUCCGAAGCUUAUCAGCUACCUCGUUAGCGUCAAGGAAUAUCUUACUGUGGAAGAGCUCAAUAAGCUGGCACAAACGAGGGUCUUCUUGGCAGUUCCAUCUGAACGAUCUCUCGAUGCAUCUCGCCGUUGUCUAGCGCGAGAGCUGUAUGUGCCUUCCGAUACACUAAGACUACUAGGGCUUCCGAUAUUAGAUUGGCAAGGGGAGAAAUGGCAUUCCAGCUCUCGGGAAGCCAAGUUCAUGUUCAGCCUUGGGCUUCAGGAGAAACCCAGUGCUGAAAUCUUGUUACCGCUGGCAGUGGAUGGGGGACCUCAUCGGGAUGCAGCUCUGACAUACUUCAUCCAAAAUUUUUAUGUCGCGUAUGCAAGUACAUAUGACCCAGAAAUAUUCGCUUCGGUAGCCUUCGUCCCCUCCAUUGCCCCUGACGGAUCUCAAGGCUUUUCCACUCCAACUCAAGUUUUUUCCGAGAGCAGUUGCUCUGUUUUAGGCUUCCCUGUAAUACGACCGGAAUGGAAGCAUUAUUCGAAGACGCAUUUCAAGCUGCGGGAUAGCCCAUCAAGCGAGCAAGUUUUGGUUGCCUUGCGGUCUGCGCCACCCCAUAGUCAGGCCGAAGGUCGCUUAAUAUUUGAGUAUUUGUCCACUGUUGUUAGCAAUUUUUCUCCAUAUCAGCGACAUCAGUUGGGCGACUACCCAGUUGUCCCGUAUUUGGAUGGGGAUCAAGCAUUAAGACAUCUUCGGCCUUCCGAAUGCUUUGUCGGACAGCCAGAUCGCAAGGUCUUAUCCAGAAUAUUUCAGUUUGUGGACUUCGGAGAUAUUGCCAACAAAUUUCUCCAGUUAUGUGGGACUCAAAAGUUCCCGACUGCAGCUCAAAUAGCUGCAAAACUUCUAGAUGAUCCCGUUCUCUUCCACUCGUAUUGUGGAGGGGUGGAGCAGUAUAUGGACGAGUUGCGGCGCCUUGGCCUCGAAAUUAACAACCUGGAUCGAUUAAUAAGACGGAGAUUGGCGUCCGAAAAGUGUCUCAUGGGAUCGAGGCCGUCUAGAUCUUCCAGUCCCAAGCUGGAUGAAAGCGAUGACGAGACUGAAGGAGGCCUGGAGUAUAGCUUGGUACAAUCAAGUGAGCUCGUCAUAGUUGAUGACAACGCAGCGUAUCGACUGUUUCGUGAAUUCCCUGUAUGGGCAGCCCCCCAGGAUGAUAUAAUAGAAGCCAUGUACAAGGAGCUAGGGGUGUCUUUGUUGUCAGCAUCCGUGAAAGAGGAAAUGAAUGCUGUCGGGGGAGGGGUUAAGAGCACACGCGCUCAGGAAAUCCGCAACUUAGUGCUUGAACGAUUACCACUCUUCCUUCAUGAUCAAAAAGGGCCCUCACUAGUUAUCAAAUUUGAUUGGUUGAAACAAAGCCUCAAUUUCCAGGUCGAGCCAGUACGCUCGUUAAAGAUUAAAGGCACGCUUUCACUGUCGGGAUCGGCAUACCAAAAAGUCCGCACGGCAAGCGCUGGAGCAAAAAGGCCGAAAAAUGGACCGGUCAUCCUCUACCUCGCGGAUAACGUGGAACUAGACUAUUAUGAGCUCGCGCAUGCUCUAUGUCGAACAUUGCUUCGCCAGCACCGAAUUAAUGACAGCAUGUUGUUCAUGACUGUGUUGUCCACGGAGCUAAGGGCCUUGAAACGGAGAGGGUAUAAUGUGGAUCGUAUCUUGAAGCAGCAGCGUCCGAUAUUAGAAAAGGGGUUACAGGAGGGCUCCAAUUCCAUUGUUUCUAGAGGCCCCGUUCGGCCUGGGGCAUCCCCAGAUCAGAUCGCACCGGAACGCGCAGCCGGUAACACCACGCCUACUGUGGAACACCCCAACAAAUCAGUAUUCUCUCACCUAAAAAACAAGAUGAAGGAGUUACAGAUUGGUUCAUCCUCUGGAUCAAAACCUUGGCCAGCCCACGCGCAAGCUGCAAAUCAGACCCAGACUCCCCAGAAGUUUGUAACGCCAACACAAGACAUCGAGCGAAAUGUCUCACUGGCAAUAUCGGCUUGCAGGCAAGAGCAUAGUAGCAUUAUACAAAGUAGAGAGCAGAUGUCACAAAUUAAAGAAGUUGAUGCGGGCGGGGCAUACUGCGACAUCUCCCAUGCCACCAAUCUCGAAGUUGUCGAUACCUGGAAUGGAUUCAAAAUUUAUGUCGAGAGAGAUAUCCCAGAGUCGCACCAACUGGUAGAGUCAAAAAGCGAGACUAUCCGGAGAUUUGGGGAGGUCAUAGGUCCCCUCUUGCAAGACGUGUAUAAGAUACCUCUCCGCAGCAUCUCACUCUUCUACGAUUCAAGUGGGCCCACAAUCGCAUUCAAUAGAGGGGGAUCUAUUUUCCUCAACGUCAGAUACUUUGAGGCAUGGCAUGAUGCAAUGGUAAUAGAAGGAAUUAAGAGGGAACCACGUAUUGCUUGGUACUUCAUCUUAGCCCACGAAAUCGCGCACAACCUUGUUCAAUUGCAUAACGCGGAGCACGAGUUUUAUUUCGCGGCGCUCUGCGAGCAUCACCUAGUGGCAUUGUGCAGCCACAUUUAGAUGCCGGGGGUCGCAACUAGCGGUGAACUGGAUAAAGGAUCAGGAGAUCUCAUCUACUGCUUACUGCUACGGUUGAUUUGAGUGCGCUUCGAUUUGCGCUGGCUGGUCACGAUAUACCUCCAAAUAGCAAUUCAAAGGUUUCUACGAGGCAAGGAUCUGGAUGAGAGAAGCGUUAAGCGUCAACAUUGACCAUCGCGCUUUGCUACGGGUUGGGCCGCAGUGUGAGUGGACUGCGUCCCCUGCGAAUCGGGUCGUUGAGGAGCAUGUCUUUGCACAAGCAUGAUGAGUGAGAACUCCAAGCGCGAAUUCUGGGCUCGUUCUGUGCGGUGUUUAUGUUGCCUGAUGAAGAAAUCUCCGGUAGCUUCGGGCUCCUUCUGCAGUAGGUUGAAGUAAGCCAUAUGACGUUAGCAAUGAGGGAGCGAUAAUCCUUG